ACACCGAUUGAACUUCCAGUAGGAUUGCCUUCCGGUGGAAGUUCCUUUUUUUCAAAGUAAAAGCAAACAAAUAAAACAACAUGGAAAUAAAAAGUGACAAAGACUAUUUCUGUUUAUCAGACUACCAGUUUGUCUGUCAAUCAGUCGUCAGUAAUAAUAAUAAUAAUCAAUCAGUCUGUCAGAUAAAACACUGAAACGUGAUCAGCUGUAAGUUUUAACGAGGGCUGAUGCAGUGAGUGCAGCUCUUAUCUGUAACUGACCUCUGAUCAGUUUGGACUUUGUGCUGCUGGAUGUAAACCUGCUGCCAUUUUGUUUGUCCUCAGACUCGUGACAGCAAAAAAAAAAAGCAACAACAAAUCCAGAUCAAACUUCGUCCACCACAGUGUCGUCGUCUUUUUGUUUUGUUUCACUCAGGAUGCAGAGUUUCCUGCCUGUCCUCGUGUUCCUCCUCCAUCCCCUCGCUCCCGCAGAUGGCGGCCGUGUGCUGGUGUUUCCAGGCGAAUACAGCCAUUGGUUGAACAUGAAGAGCAUCAUGGAGGAGCUGGUGAAGAGGAACCACUCUGUCACUGUUUUAGUUUCUGAUGCAUCACCAUCCAUCAGCUACAACAACACCCGCGAUGCCGCCAUGUUCAGCUUCCUGGUUUUCAAGGUUUCGUUCGACAGAUCCGAGUAUCAUGGCCUCAUGGAGGAGUUUAUCCACUUCUCCAUGUACAAGUCGCACGUUUCCUCUCCACUGCAGACAUUUUUCAGGAUGUCUGAUUGGAUGCGACGGAUCACUGACUUGGGGAUGCGACAGUGUGACUCCAUGUUAAAGAACGAGCAGCUGAUGGCGACUCUGCGGGCCAUGGCGUUCGAUGCCGUCCUGCUCGACCCGAUGGUGAUGUGCAGCGACCUGGUGGCCGAUGUGCUCAACCUGCCACUCAUCAUUUCGCUGCGCUUCUCGUUCGGUGGCGUCCUGGAGCGACACUGUGGCCACGCGCCAGCGCCGCCGUCAUACGUCCCUGCCACUCCGCUGCCAUACAGCGACCACAUGACGUUUGUAGAGAGGCUGAUCAACGCAGUGACGUACGUUUUCACAUCAGUGAUGUCUGAAGUGUUCUGGAGGUUAACACUGGAUAAGUACUACAGUGAGGUCAAAGGAACUCCCAGCAGCGUCUGUGGGACUCUGGGGAAGGCCGACAUCUGGCUCAUGAGGACUUUCUGGGACAUCGAGACGCCACGACCGACCCCGCCCAACUUCAAAUACGUGGGUGGUCUGCACUGCAAACCAGCCAAUCAGCUGCCAGAGGACAUGGAGGCAUUUGUGCAGAGUUCGGGCGACGCCGGUGUGGUGGUGGUCUCCUUCGGCUCCAUGGUAACCAACCUGACGACAGAACGCGCUGAUGUCAUCGCCGCGGCCUUUGGAGGAAUCCCGCAGAAGGUCAUCUGGAGGUACAGCGGAGAAACUCCCAAAACUUUGGCUGCGAACACAAAACUUUAUGAGUGGAUCCCUCAGAACGACCUGCUGGGUCACCCGAGGACCAGAGCGUUUGUGACUCACGGCGGCACCAACGGUUUGUACGAGGCUGUGUAUCACGGCGUGCCGCUGGUCGGAAUCCCGCUGUUCGGCGAUCAGUCCGAUAACCUCGCUCGGCUGAACCGCCGCGGUGUCGCCAUCGUCCUCGACUUCAGCUGCAUGACGGCCGAUGAGCUGAAGGAGGCGCUGCACGCGGUCGUCAACCAGCCGGGUUACAGGUCCAGCAUGCAGCGUCUGUCAGCGCUGCACCGCGACCAGCCCGUGGCACCGCUGAGCGCCGCCGUCUUCUGGGUGGAGUUUGUGAUGCGACACGGAGGAGCGCGACACCUGCGGCUGGCGUCACAUGACCUGAACUGGUUCCAGUAUCACAGUGUGGACUCCGCCACAGCCCUGCUGCUCAUCAUGAUGACUGUGUGCGCCCCCUGCUGGGCAGGCGUCCGCUGUUUCCUGCGGCGCUGCAGACGAGGAGGAAGAGAAAAGAACGACUGAAGACUUUUAUU